AACAACGUUUGUCAAGUCCAAUAGGAUAUCAAAAAACGAUUGCUACAUCCACGGAGGCCACGACCGAUGCUUCUACAGCUGUCCUCACCACACUGUCCACCUUACGGGCACCGACGCAGACGGUAGAGACAACUUCUGCAGGCACAACAGUGAUCAGUACCACUUAUUCAACAACCACAACGCCUCCUUUCACCACUGUUCCUCAAACAACACAACGUUUGACAACUUCUGCCAACACAACCGUUAGCACAACCACUGCACCAACAACAACAAUCCCAACUACUCCACCAACUACUGAGAUAACAACCACAACCACUACUCCAACCACCGAGACAACAACCACAACUACUACAGCAACUACAGUUACAACAGUUACUACUCCAACUACCGAGACAACAACCACAACUACUACAGCAACUACAGCUACAACUACUACUCCAACCACCGAAACAACAACCACAACUACUGCUGCAACAACCAGAGCACCCCAUCCCUGCGACAGCGGUCAACACAAUUGUGGUCCAAACGAAGACUGUGUCCCACUUGGCCAGAGCAAUCGUUACAGAUGUGAAUGUAGUCAUGGCUAUUUCAACAACAGCAUAGAAUGCGAAGAGGAUGAAUGUGUGAUGGGGAACCACGGUUGUCAUGAACAUGCUGACUGUGACAACCGUCCAGGCAGAGACCACAACUGUACAUGUCGACCAAACUACCAUGGGGACGGACGGAUAUGCAACAGAUUGGUUAUCGUUUACAUCUCCAUUGUGAUAAUAAACCCAGAGUAUGCAGAUGUACACAGAAAUCCGGCUAGGGAAGCAGCAUUGCAACGAUAUAUCCUACAACUGUUGUGGAGCAUCUUCGGUUUUAUCACUCGAGGUGUUGGACACUUGCUCGUCAGUUUUAACAUAAUUUACAUACGGGAAGGAAGCGUUGUGGUCGGUAUAGAGGUGAAUGUUACCGAACCUGACGUGCCUACCCUGGAUGACAUGUUCGCGAACAUGACUGAACUUGGGAAUUUGACCCUCGACACCAACCGGACUAUAGUUGGAAUGCAAGCCGAAGAUAUCGAUGUUGCCCCUGAGGAGUGUGAGGACGGGACGCACAAUUGUUCUGCAAACGCAACAUGUAAAGAUACAUACGACGGAUUCAUCUGUACAUGUAUGGAAGACUUCAUCGGCAACGGGACACAUUGUGAACCUGAUCCAUGCCCAGGAUUAGAUGGUUACGUACCCUUCGGAGAUGACUGCUAUCACUUCAGUAACACCACCACGGACUAUCCGGGCGCCGAGCAAGGCUGUAUCGCCAACAGCGGCCGUCUGGCCAGGGUCUUUGACGACGACACGCACCAGUUCCUCGUUGACUACAUUGAAACCUACACAGAUGGAGCAACGAGUUAUUGGAUAGGUUUAGAUGACAGGGCGGUAGAGGGGCAGUUCAACUACUCGGAUGGAACUGCCUUGGGAUCCUUCAACCGCUGGCCGGCUGGCGAUGUGGGCCCGUAUAACCAGGAAGGGAAGGACUGUGUGCUGAUGGCUAAGGGACUAACAACACCGUGGGACUGGGUUCCAGAGAGAUGCGCAGAUCCUGACUACCUGUACAUCUGCGAGUUUGUACCAACCACAACUACUGCAGCACCAACCACCAUCGCACCGAACGUUACAAAUGCUACAACAGUCAUCACCGUGCCAGUCUCCACGGCGACACCAUUCUCGUGCCAGGGCCAUCCAGGCUACGUGCCGUUCAACAGAAGCUGUUACCUCUUCAGCAACAGUUCCACAGACUACGAGGGUGCGGAAGAUAGCUGUGUUCUAUAUGACGGUCGUCUCAUCAGGGUCAUGAACAAUGAGACUCACCAGUUUCUUCUGAACCACAUCCUGACGUACAUCAACCAGUCUGUCAGUUUCUGGAUAGGUUUAGAUGAUCGCGCGAAUGAGGCAGUGUUCCUGUACUCCGAUGACACUCCCCUGGGAUCGUUCAACCGCUUCCCGGGAAACAAUGUGGACUUGGCCAACGCAGAUGACAGUGACUGUGUCCUGAUGGCUCCUGGUUUGAUUCCGCGGUGGGACUGGUGGAUUGAAGACUGUGCAGAUGAUCAUCGAUUCAUCUGCGAAUACAUUUUUGACCCAUGCCGGAGCUCCCCAUGUAACCCAUAUGCAAACUGCACGAACAUAGACGAACUGAGCUACUCUUGCCAAUGUUUUGAAGGCUACCAGGGCGACGGCUUGAACUGUACAGAAAUUGACGAGUGUCUAACAGAUCCUUGCGACGUCAAUGCAAACUGCACCAACACCAACGGCUCCUUCACGUGUGAAUGUAUUGUAGGUUACGUGGGAGACGGGUUCAACUGCACGGAUGAAGAUGAGUGCCAGACCAUUGAUCCUUGCCAUACCAAUGCGAAUUGUACCAACACGAUCGGGUCCUACCUGUGUGAGUGCCAUGUUGGGUACGAAGGAGACGGUGUCAACUGCACAGAUAUCGACGAAUGUCUGAACACGACCUGUCAUGACAAUGCAACCUGUGUCAACACGCCAGGUUCUUAUGAGUGCCGAUGUUUAGUUGGCUAUGCCGGAGACGGUCUCAACUGUACAGACAUAGAUGAAUGUCAGAGCUAUCCGUGUGACGCGAAUGCAACCUGCACCAACACUGACGGGUCUUUCACAUGUGAAUGUUGGGACGGCUAUGAAGGAGAUGGCUUCAAUUGCACAGAUAUAAAUGAGUGCCAGCUGCAGAACGAUACAUGUGAUGCCUACGCCACCUGUACCAACACGGACGGGUCUUACACAUGCACGUGCGAUGUUGGUUUUCAAGGAGACGGCUUCAACUGCACAGACAUUAACGAAUGUCAAAACAUGUCAACGUGCCACUACAAUGCAAACUGCACCAACACAAUCGGUUCUUUCACUUGCGACUGUGUAGUCGGCUAUGACGGAGAUGGCUUCAACUGCACAGACAUAGACGAAUGCCAGAAUUCUACAUGCGACAUCAACGCGAACUGCACCAAUACCGACGGGUCUUUCACGUGUCAAUGUUUGGACGGAUAUGAAGGAGAUGGCUUCAAUUGCACAGAUAUAGAUGAGUGUCAGAACAACGAUACUUGUGAUGCCAACGCGACCUGCACCAACACUGACGGGUCUUACAUAUGCACGUGUGAAGUUGGGUACGAAGGAGACGGCUUCAACUGUACAGACAUUAACGAAUGUCUAAACACAUCAACCUGCCACUACAAUGCAACCUGCUCCAACACAAUUGGUUCUUUCACGUGUGACUGUGUAGUCGGCUAUGACGGAGACGGCUUCAACUGCAUAGACAUAGAUGAAUGCCAGAAUUCCACUUGCGACAUCAACGCAAACUGCACUAACACAGACGGGUCUUUUACAUGUCAGUGUGUGAACGGCUACAGUGGGGAUGGAUUCAAUUGCACUGAUAUAGAUGAGUGCCAGACCGAUCCUUGCCAUGCCAACGCCACCUGCACCAACACUGACGGGUCUUACAUAUGCACGUGUGAAGUUGGGUACGAAGGAGACGGCUUGAACUGCACAGACAUCAAUGAAUGCCUGACUUCCCCUUGCGACAUGUAUGCGAACUGUACUAAUACCGCCGGGUCUUUCAUGUGCGAGUGCUUGGAUGGAUACGACGGGGAUGGCUUCAAUUGUACUGACAUCGAUGAGUGCCAGACCGACGUCGACUUUUGUCAUGUUAACGCGAGUUGCACGAAUACAAACGGGUCUUACACAUGUAUGUGUCAAGUUGGGUACGAAGGAGACGGCUUCAACUGCACAGACGUUGACGAAUGUUCGAACACAACGACUUGCCACGACAAUGCAACCUGCACCAACACAAUCGGUUCUUUUACUUGUGAUUGUUUAGUGGGUUAUGACGGGGACGGCUUCAAUUGUACUGACAUAGACGAAUGCCAGACCGAUCCUUGUCAUGCCAACGCCACCUGCACCAACACUGACGGGUCUUACUUUUGCACGUGCGAAUUUGGUUACGAAGGAGACGGAUUCAACUGCACAGAUAUAGGCGAAUGCCGGUAUUUUCCCUGUGACACGAACGGGAUCUGCACCAACACCGAUGGGGCUUUCACAUGUCACUGCAGGGAUGGGUACGAAGGGAAUGGAUUUAAUUGCUCGGACAUUGAUGAGUGCCAGACCGACGUUGACCGUUGUCAUGCCAACGCGAGUUGCACGAAUACACACGGGUCUUACACGUGUAUGUGUCAAGAUGGGUACGAAGGAGACGGCUUCAACUGCACAGACAUUGACGAAUGUUUGAACACAACGACUUGCCACAACAAUGCAACCUGCACCAACACAAUCGGGUCUUUUACUUGUGAUUGUUUAGUGGGCUAUAACGGGGAUGGCUUCAAUUGUACUGACAUAGAUGAGUGCCAGACCGAUCCUUGUCAUGCCAACGCGACCUGCACCAACACUGACGGGUCUUACAUAUGCACGUGUGACUUUGGGUACGAAGGAGACGGAUAUAACUGCACAGACAUUGGCGAAUGUCGGUAUUUUCCCUGUGACACAAACGGGAUCUGCACCAACACCGACGGGGCUUUCACAUGUCACUGCAUGAAUGGAUACGAAGGGAAUGGAUUUAAUUGCUCUGACACCGAUGAGUGCCAGAACGACCCCUGUCAUGUUAACGCGAGUUGCACGAAUACAAACGGGUCUUACACAUGUAUGUGUCAAGCUGGGUACGAAGGAGACGGCUUCAACUGCACAGACAUUGACGAAUGUUCAAACACAACGAUUUGCCACGAAAAUGCAACCUGCACCAACACAAUCGGAUCUUUUACUUGUGAUUGUUUAGUGGGCUAUGAUGGGGAUGGAUUCAAUUGCACCGACAUAGAUGAGUGCCAGACCGAUCCGUGUCACGACAAUGCAACCUGCACCAACACUGACGGGUCUUACACAUGCACGUGUGAAGUUGGGUACGAAGGAGACGGCUUCAACUGCACAGACAUUGACGAGUGUCUAACCGACCCUUGUCAUGCUUACGCGAGUUGCACAAAUACAGACGGGUCUUAUGUAUGUGCUUGUCAAGUUGGGUACGAUGGAGACGGUUUCAACUGCACAGACAUUGACGAAUGUUCGAACACAACGACUUGCCACAACAAUGCAACCUGCACCAACACAAUCGGAUCUUUUACUUGUGAUUGUUUAGUGGGUUAUGACGGGGACGGUGUCAAUUGUACAGAUACAGACGAGUGUCAGAAUUCUCCGUGUGACACAAACGCAACCUGUACUAACACCGACGGAUCCUACAUAUGUGAAUGUUCUGAUGGCUACCAAGGGGACGGUUUUAAUUGCUCGGACAUAGAUGAGUGCCAGACCGAUCCGUGUCAUGCCAACGCCACCUGCACCAACACUGACGGGUAUUACAUAUGCACGUGUGAUGUUGGGUUCGCAGGAGACGGUUACAACUGCACAGACAUAGAUGAGUGCCAGAUCGAUCCUUGCCACGCCAAUGCAACCUGCACCAACACUGACGGGUCUUACAUAUGCACGUGUGAAGUUGGGUUCGCAGGAGACGGGUUCAACUGCACAGACAUAGAUGAGUGCCAGACCGAUCCUUGCCACGCCAAUGCAACCUGCACCAACACUGACGGGUCUUAUACAUGCACGUGUGAAGUUGGGUACGAAGGAGACGGAUUCAACUGCACAGACAUAAAUGAGUGCCUGACCGAUCCUUGUCAUGCCAACGCCACCUGCACCAACACUGACGGGUCUUACAUAUGCACGUGUGAAGUUGGGUACGAAGGAGACGGCUUCAACUGCACAGACGAAGACGAGUGCCAGACCGAUCCCUGUCACGCUAACGCCACCUGCACCAACACUGACGGGUCUUACAUAUGCACGUGUGAAGUUGGGUACGAAGGAGACGGCUUCAACUGCACAGACGAAGACGAGUGCCAGACCGAUCCUUGUCAUGCCAACGCAACCUGCACCAACAUUGACGGGUCUUACAUAUGCACGUGUGAAGUUGGGUACGAAGGAGACGGCUUCAACUGUACAGACGAAGACGAGUGCCUGACCGAUCCUUGUCAUGCCAACGCCAUCUGCACCAACACUGACGGGUCUUACUUUUGCACGUGUGAAGUUGGGUACGAAGGAGACGGCUUCAACUGCACAGACCUAGGCGAGUGCCGGAGUUAUCCCUGCCAUCCGAACGCGACCUGCACCAACACACACGGGUCUUUCACAUGUCACUGCAGGGAUGGUUACGAAGGGGAUGGUUUUAACUGCACUGACAAAGAUGAGUGCUGGAACGAUCCUUGUCAUAGUAACGCAACCUGCACCAACACUGACGGGUCUUACAUAUGUACAUGCCAAGUUGGGUACGAAGGAGACGGCUUCAACUGCACAGAUACAGACGAAUGUCAGAACCUUCCCUGUGACGUGAAUGCGCAGUGUACUAACACCGACGGCUCCUACACCUGUGUAUGUUUUGAUGGCUACCAAGGGAACGGUACCAACUGCUCGGACAUAGACGAAUGUUUGACUAUAAGCUGCCACGACAAUGCAACCUGCACCAACACAAUCGGGUCUUUCAUUUGCGGCUGUUUAGACGGAUAUGACGGAGACGGCAUCAACUGCACAGAUACAGACGAGUGUCAGAAUUCUCCGUGUGACACAAACGCAACCUGUACUAACACCGACGGAUCCUACAUAUGUGAAUGUUCUGAUGGCUACCAAGGGGACGGUUUUAAUUGCUCAGACAUAGACGAAUGUGCAGAUAACUCCACCUGUGACGUGAACGCAAACUGCACCAACACAGAAGGGGCUUUUGACUGUAGGUGCAACACUGGAUAUACAGGCGAUGGGUUUAUUUGUGCAGACAUAGACGAAUGUGCAGAUAACUCUACCUGUGACGUGAACGCAAACUGCACCAACACAGAAGGGUCUUUUGACUGUACGUGCAACACUGGAUAUACAGGCAAUGGGUUUAUUUGUGCAGACAUAGAUGAAUGUGCAGAUAACUCCACCUGUGACGUGAACGCAAACUGCACCAACACAGAAGGGUCUUUUGACUGUACGUGCAACACUGGAUAUACAGGCGAUGGGUUUACUUGUGCAGACGUUGACGAAUGUGCCCUGUCACCGUGUCAUGCCAACGCCACCUGUACAAAUACUGACGGGUCGUUCUCGUGCAACUGCACUGAUGGCUUUGAAGGGGACGGCUUCAACUGCACAGCUACAGACAGAAUCUGUGUGGUCAGACCUCCCCAGUGUGAUCCAAAUGCUGACUGCGUUGUCAGAGGAAAUGGACAAGUGGGCUGUGAAUGUAGGGCUGGCUUCCUCGGAGACGGGACCUUUGAAUGCCACCGAAUUGUCACUAUACAUCUGGCCUUUAUCUUCUUAAACCCACGAUGGACACGUGUCUUCAGAGACGCCGGACUGAGGCAGACACUCGUCAACUACAUCAUCAAUACGUUGUGGAGAAUCAACAGCAGAAUCGCCAGAUGGAUUGUCGGUAUAGCCGUCAUAGCACUGAGGCCUGGCAGUGUGAUUCCAAUUGUUCAAGUUAACCUGACAGAAAAUGUCGUCCCAGAAUUUCAAGGAUUGUACUCUAACCACACGCAAGACGGGUUCUUUGGCAAUGAAUCAGUGGAUCCAAAUCAGUAUGUCAUUGGGCCCGAGGCACUGCUGGCUGGAAUCAACCAGUGUGAUAUCGGUGUGCACGAUUGCCACUCCAAUGCCACGUGUAACGACACUUUCCUGUGGUUUGAAUGCUCCUGCAAUACCGGAUAUACUGGGAACGGAACUCACUGUGUCGAUGUUGAUGAAUGCUUAAACCUACCGUGUCACGAUAAUGCUACAUGCACCAACACGGACGGUUCGUUUGUGUGCGACUGUAAUGUUGGAUAUGAUGGGGACGGCUUUAAUUGUACAGAUGUCGAUGAAUGUAUAAAUUCUCCAUGUCACGACAACGCCACCUGUACCAACACGGACGGGUCUUUUAGCUGCAAUUGUUCGGUCGGAUACACAGGAGAUGGAUUCAACUGUACAGAUGUGGAUGAAUGUAUAAAUUCUCCGUGUGACGACAACGCCACCUGUACCAACACGGACGGGUCCUUUGUGUGUAACUGUGCUGGUGGAUACAGUGGAGACGGCUUCAACUGUACAGAUGUCGAUGAGUGUAUAAAUUCUCCAUGUCACGACAACGCCACCUGUACCAACACGGACGGGUCUUUUAGCUGUAACUGUACUGAAGGGUACAGUGGAGAUGGCUUCAACUGUACAGAUGUUGAUGAGUGUUUAAAUUCUCCAUGUCACGACAACGCCACCUGUACCAACACGGACGGGUCUUUUAGCUGUAACUGUACAGAUGGGUACAGUGGAGACGGUUUCAACUGUACAGGUAUGUAG